AUGUCCUCCCACGCUCAUCAUAGACCAAGAGGUCGGUAUAGAGAUAGAGAUAUCGAAAAAACCUCCCUCAUCUCAGGCGGCUCCUCAUCAUCCGAGUCUGAUAUCCCCCUUCCAUCAAUAUACAAAUCCAAAUCUAAGCGCAGAUACUGGACCCAGAAACAUGCCAGCGGAUUGGGUAAUCUACUCGCGCUCUUUGGCCUGAUUUAUUUGUUUAGUAAACUUGGUUCUGGUUUAGGUUUCGAUUUCCCAUUUCCCAAACCUUCUCCUGCACCAUUACCAGAAUACAUCAAAGAUGGUAUAGCCCAGUGCGAAAUCAUUCAAAGACCUACACCUCAUUUCAAGCCCUCCACUCAUAAACGAUCUCAUAAUGAUAGAUACGUAGAUGGGACUAAAGGCGUGUGGUUGAAGAAUGGAACGUUGUGGACGGGUGAGAAGCGCGGUACGGAGAUUCUACACGGGGUGGAUCUUUUGUUGGAAGAUGGUCUGAUCAGGAAGAUCGGGAAGGGGAAAGAUAUUCAGGAAUGGACGAAGGGUAAGAAGGCUGAGGAGGUCGAGCUGGGUGGGGCUUGGGUUACACCAGUCGCUAACGGUUGUCCUCCGAGUCAAAUCACUGAUACCAUUCUAUUCAACUUCACGCUACACAGUAUCGUAGACACACACAGCCACUUAGCUGUGGACUCUGCUCCCUCUCUAUUCGGUGGGGACGACACCAAUUCGAUCAAGGCGAGCGUUCAGCCAUGGUUGAGAUCGCUCGACGGAUUCAACACUCAUGAUUUGGCUUUCAACCUUUCAAUUGCGGGAGGUAUCACGACCAUGUUGGUGCUUCCUGGAUCUGCGGACUCUAUCGGAGGACAAGCAUUCCCAUUCAAACCUCGAUGGACGCAUGAGAACACCCCUCAGUCCAUGUUGGUCGAACCAGCAUGGAAGAUCGAUAACGGUACCUGGGCUCGUACUCACGCAUGGAGACAUAUCAAACAUGCGUGUGGUGAAAACCCAAAGCGGGUUUACGGUCAAACCAGAAUGGACAACGCUUACGACUUCCGACGAGCUUAUACCGAAGGCAAAACUCUGAAGGAGAAACAAGAUCGAUGGUGUGCCUCACCCAAGACCCAGACCGAGCCCUUCCCCCAAUCACUCGAAUGGGAAGUCCUGUCGGAUGUCAUUAGGGGCAACGUCAAAGUAAACAUCCACUGCUAUGAAACCACGGAUCUAAACGGUUUAGUCAGGAUCUCAAACGAAUUCCAAUUCCCUAUUGCUGCCUUCCACCACGCCCACGAAACAUACCUUGUACCCGACCUGCUCAAACAGGCUUGGGGUCCCGAACCUCCAGCCGUAGCUAUCUUCUCUACCAAUGCGCGAUACAAGCGAGAGGCAUACAGAGGAAGCGAGUUCGCUGCUAAGAUCUUAGCUGAUCAAGGAUUGAAGGUAAUCAUGAAGUCUGAUCAUCCAGUAUUAGAUUCGAGGUAUCUUCUGACUGAGGCAAGUUGGGUACAUCAUUAUGGAUUAAAUUACUCUGAAUCCUUAAGCUCGAUUACGACCAGCCCUGCUAAGGCGAUGGGAUUAGAUCAUCGAAUUGGGUAUCUCAGAGAGGGAUAUGAUGCAGAUGUGGUAGUCUGGGAUUCAUUCCCUCUCGUACUUGGUGCAACACCCAAACAAACUUAUAUCGAUGGUAUACCCCAAAUCAUCUCGCCUGUACUACAUGAUAAACCCGCCGAAGCGCAGGAGAUACCUAAACAGGAAAAGGGUAAAUGGGACAAAGAGAUUCAAGAGGCUUUGACCACUCGAGGAGACCCGGAUCUUAGACCAAAGAAAUCUGUCAAGAAUGUCAUUUAUCAAGGUGUAGGCGAGUUCCACCUUUCACCUCUAGAGCUAUCGCUACUUCAUGAAGAUCAAGUAGACAUGAGUGUGUUUAAGAACAAUGCUGGUGGAGUGGUGAUUGUGAAAGACGGUGAGAUCACUUGUGCUGGUGAUUGCAAGAUGGAAGAUGAGUUGAAAGGUGGAUUGGAGUUUGAAGUUGUUGAUUUGAAAGGUGGGGCGAUCACUCCUGGAUAUAUCACUGUGGGCAGUUAUGUGGGAAUAUUGGAGAUUAGACAGGAGAAGACCACAGGUGAUGGAAGUGCCAUCGACCCCUUGUCCGAAGAAUCAGAAAUCACCAAUGGGAUCAUCGCUCAUGCUGUCGAUGGAGCGCAGUUCGGCGGUAAGGAUGAAUUACUAGCCUAUCGAUCAGGAGUGACCACCGCUGUUGUAUCCCCUAAGACAUCCUCUUGGAUCUCAGGAUACGGAUACGCCUUCUCACCUGAAUCUGAACAUUCCUUGGUCCCCGGUUCGAUCCAAAAUCCAUUAACAGCUUUACACAUCAGUUUGGAUAAUUCCAAGUCAUCCGUGUCAACGAAGAUCGCCAUCUUAAGAAAAUUAUUGAGUGGAUCUUCAAAGAACGUAGAGGAGGAAGAUGAAGAGACAGAAUUGGUGCAUGCGUUUGAGAAAGUUCGAAAGGGAGAAUUGAGAUUGGUUAUUAGGACGGAUAAGGCGGAUAUCAUCGCUUCAAUCAUUAGGUUGAAGAAAGAUAUAGCGAAGGAGGCGAAAAUUACGAUCUUAGGUGGACAAGAAUCUUGGAUCGUUGCGGACGAACUUUCCGAGAACGACAUAGGAGUGAUCAUCUCUCCCGUACGAUCAUACCCCGGUGAAUGGGAUUCAAGGAGGAUCAUACCUUCUAUUCCUUUAUCGAACCAUACUUUACCUUCGUACCUGGUUUCUCAUGGUGUUACCGUCGGAUUGGGUAUCCAAGAAGAAUGGCAAGCUCGAAACACCCUAUACGAAGCUGCUUGGGUAUACGCCAGUUCCCCCAAGGGAAUAUUCUCAAAGAGACAAGCGCUAGAUCUCGUAGGUAAAAACUUAGAAGAACUGCUCGGUUUAUCCACUGGUAGCAAAAGCUGGGUGGCUCAUGAAGGUGACCCAUUCGAAUUUGGAGGGAGGGUAAGGAGUGUUAAGGGUUUGAGCGGGGACGGGAAGAUUGAUCUGUUCUGA